AGCUCUGCGCCGUUACCAUGGUGACGGAUAUGCGUCGAUACCUCGGCGUCAUCGGUCUGCGUGAACGAAACCCUCCACGGACAAACAGGACGAGAUAUUAAAGCUUCAGAUGUGUGAAGGACCUUCAUCAAUAUCUGGGCCAAUCCCCCCAGAUCCUUCUCUGUUUCCUCAGUACUACAAACGACCUGCCUCAGCUCGCGGCCGUUUAGAGGGUAACCACGAUGGGACAUUGGCGCUCCUCUCAGGGCCUCUCGCUCCAGAUCCUGUCUUGUACCCUGGCUGCUACAGUGCUCGUACCCCAGCACAUCGUCCCCGUAUUAGCCCUAAUGCCACCCAUAUUCUGGAGCGAGGACAGAGAGGGGUGGUAGGGGAACUACUCAAACUAGACGGUGUCUCUAUCACCCCUGUUCCCAAACAGAAACAGCGGGUACAUGACUUUGGUAAAGAGAAUGUGCGUCGGCUCAGGGAGAUCCAGAGACGCUGCAAAGAGCACGAGGCUGAGAGAGCACAGUCUCGUCCGGUUCCAGUCAAAGCUCUUUGGACCUCCUCCAAAUACCAGAACGUCCCAUCCAGAGUGAUGGUCCAGCUGCAGGUUUCUAGUCCAACUGCAAAACCACAGUGUCAAAACUUUCUGAAGGCGCACUCUAAUGGUGGAUCUCCUGCCCUGUCAAGACCCCACUCAAAAACCUCUCCUCGGGCUUUGCAACGCAGGGCCUCCUGCAACUCUACACCGGAUCAGAAUUUGCAAUUACAGGUGCAAGGCGAGUCCAUAGACUUCAUAAAACAUAAUGCCCGGGCUGCUGCAAAAACUGUGCUGCGUCGGUCCCAAUCAAUGACAAACCUCCAAGAAAAGCCAGUCCCCAGUGCAGUCAAGGGACAGGUGCCUCAGUAUCUUGCGGAAAGGAAGGAGCAGUGGCAUAAAGAGGAGGAGGAGAGGAGGAGGAACGCACCUGAUCCUACAGUUCCGGCUGGUCACACCCUGAUGCAUGAGAGUGAGAGACAAGAGACACUCAAGUCCCUCAAAGAGACCCAUCGCUCCCUGGUGGCAGAGCUGCUGUCGCUGCCUCUCAAAGCUGACAGUCUAAGUGUUCGCUCACGUCGGACUCAUCUUGAUUGUAGGCUUUCUGAAAUCGAGGAGGCCAUUAAAAUAUUCUCCAGGGAAAAAGUUUAUCUAAAAGUAGACUCCUAACACAUAUGAGGAGAGAGGUGGAAGAAGAAAGAAAGAAGAAGAGAUAAAGCAGUAAAUCCACCGCUUUAUUGUGAUUCAUUUUCCUUUUGUAGUUGCAUUGCGUAACGCAACACUGAACGUUGUAAAACAAUUAUUUUAAUGUUAGGAGUGUUUUCUUUUUGUAACUUGAAAAUUUUAUAUUUUAAAAUGAGUGAUUAUUAUAUAAGAUCAACAAUCGAGGUUACUGAUUAUCAGUUACUUUAAGAACAACAUACAUGCUACUGAAUAUAUGCAGGUUUCUCUUUGAAGAAAAAAUUAGCAGAUGCACUGUAAACGUAACAGCAUAAACCAAUAGCUCCAUUAGGAUUAUCAUCUGUUGAGAUGAUUUGUUUUGUCUUUAUGUAAAACUGGCUGGUUUGUAAUGAUUUUUGUGAAGUCAUAUGUAUAUUUUUUAAUGAUUGGAUAUUAAAAAUUGC